GCUUACUUCAUUGUUCUCUCAUUCACCCAAAAAAGAUCAUACAAUCAACGAUUUCAUCUCGCGAUUUCCUCUGGCUCAAUUGCCAUCUAUUACCAGACUGCUUAGAUGACGACUCCGGCUCCAACCGACUUCAAGAAUGCCAUCGCAGUGGCCAAGGCGGUGCUGUCUGCCGCUGCCUCCGUGACGGCCACUGUGGUGGUGGUCCAGUCGAUGGUCCACACGAUCGUCCCCCGCGAACUCCAGGGCUUCCUCUUCUCCAGGAUCCGUGGCAUCUUCUCUCGCUUCUCCAACGAGAUGACCAUGGUCAUCGACGAGUACGAUGGGUUCGUCCAAAACGAGCUCUUCGGGGCGGCCCAGGUUUUCCUGGCUGCCAAGCAAUCCUCUUCGACAACGCGCAUCCGGGUGUCCAAGCCCGCGAAGGAGAACCACUUCACUCUGGCUAUGGACCGGAAUCAGGCGCUGGUGGAUACGUUUCGUGGGGUCGAGCUCAAGUGGGUUUCGGCGUCGAGACAUGUCGACUCGGGCUACCGAGUUCAUCAUGGCCGGAACUCGACGGUUCAGCACGAAGUUCAGUACUUCAAGCUCACUUUUCACAUGAAACACAGGGAGAUGGUGGUCGAAUCCUAUCUGCCUUUCGUCAUCGACGAGGCCAAGUCGUUGAAGCAGGGGAAGAAGACGUUGAAGCUACACACUCCGAGCUUCGACCGCGUCUAUGGCGGUCCUCUCUCAGAUGCAUGGGCCUCGGUGAACCUCGACCACCCGGCAACAUUUGAGACACUGGCCAUGGACCUAGAGCUCAAGAAGACAAUCAUCGACGAUCUGGAGAGGUUCGUGAGGAGGAAGGAGUACUACAGGAGAGUCGGCAAGGCAUGGAAAAGAGGGUACUUAUUGUUCGGACCCCCCGGCACGGGGAAAUCGAGCUUGAUCGCGGCAAUGGCCAAUUACUUGAACUUCGACAUAUAUGACCUAGAGCUGAGUGGGCUCCGUAGCAAUGCGGAGCUCAGGAGGCUGCUCGUCGCCACUGCAAAUCAGUCCAUAUUGGUGGUCGAGGACAUCGAUUGCACCAUUGAGUUGCAAGAGAGGAAGUCCGAAACUCGAGCUGCACGCAUGAAUAUAAUGCCGACUGAAUAUUCACGAGAAGAUCUGACAUUGUCUGGAUUGCUUAACUUCAUCGAUGGGCUUUGGUCGAGCUGUGGCGAUGAGCGGAUCAUAGUCUUCACGACGAACCACAAGGAGAAGUUAGACCCGGCCCUGUUGCGUCCAGGGCGCAUGGAUGUGCACGUUCACAUGUCCUAUUGCACCCCAUGCGGGUUCAGGCUUCUCGCAUCUAAUUAUCUCGGGAUCGAUAGCCACGAGCUGUUCGGCCAGAUAGAGAGUUCGAUCGCGGCGGCGAGAGUCACUCCGGCCGAAGUUGCGGAGCAGUUGAUGAAGAGCGAUGAACCGGAGGUUGCUCUCAGGGAUAUGGUUUCCUUCCUCGUUAAUCACAAGAGGAAAGAAGAUGAAGAAGUCACAAAGGAGAAAGUUUGUCAGUCCCAAUUGAUUGAAGAAAAUGGAGGGACUGAAGAGGAAAAUGGAAAGUGCGAAAUAAUUGAAGAAUAAACAAUAAAUAUCUACUGAGUUGGUAUGUUUUGAUCAAUUUUAACUUAGAUUAUUAUAAAGAUGAUGAUUAUUGAGGAUAAAGUGAUCGUGGGAAGUUAUUGCAUGGUCAUUCUGAGUCAUUAAUUAUAUGGGUCAGAUGGUAAAAUCACUUACCACAUGGUCAAUAGUCUAGAUGAAUUUGAUUUACAUGGUCUAUCAAUCUUGUGACAUUUUUUCUGCGAUCGA